AUAUUGGUUAUUGAGUUAAGUGAUAUACAACACAAUCAGUGGUGACAAAUGCCGGGCUAUAGUAUCGAUCGGUUCCCCGACCUGUCGGCCGAAGAUCGGGACGAAUACACGUGUAGUAUAUGUCACGAAAUAUUUCACUGUCCGGUCAGUACAACCUGUUGUCUGCAGACAUUUUGCGAGGACUGUAUCACUGCAUGGCUUCAGACUAACAGGACGUGUCCUUAUGAUAGGAAACCAUUGACAGCGAGUAAAUUGUCCCAGGCACCUAGAGUGAUGGUAAACACAUUGGGCCGGUUUAAGAUACAGUGCGACUUUUGGGACAACGGGUGCCGCGAAGUGAACAAACUGGAGGACUUGGCCCGACAUGUAGUCAACUGUGCCUACGAUCCGACAAAAUGCGCGAAAUGCCGGUGCGAACAGACGUCGGGACACGACUGUAUACAAGCGUUACGGGAAUUAAUUAACAAAUUAAUGAUUGAGAACGAGGCGUUAAAAGUUAACCACCACCCUGAUCAUGGUAGUAAUAUGGAUGUGAUGGCCCGGUUUAGUGGUUGCAUAAAUUCUGGUCAAAUGCCCGGUUAUAAUAGCGAUCGGUUCCCCGAUCUGUCGGCCGAAGAUCGGGACGAAUACACGUGUAGUAUAUGUCAGGAGAUAUUCAACACUCCGGUCACCACAACCUGUUGUUUACAGACAUUUUGUGAGGACUGUAUCACUCAAUGGCUUCAGACAAACAAUAGCUGUCCUUAUGAUAGGAAACCAUUGUCGAGGGAUAAGUUGUCCCGACCACCAAGAGUGAUGAUGAACACUUUAGGCCGGUUUAAAAUACGCUGUGACUUCUGGGACAUCGGUUGCUGCGAAGUAGUCAAACUGGAAAGUCUGACCAGUCAUACAGUCAUCUGUCGCUACAAUAACUCCAAGUGUUUAAAGUGUCAGUGCGAGCGCACGUCGGGACACAACUGUAUCGACGCGUUGCUCAAACAGAAUCGGCAAAUAAUGUCACAGAACGAGGUGUUAAAAACGGCCUACCGAUCGUUACAAAAUGAUCGUGGUAAUACUAGCGAUGGGGCUAGAUCGUUAUCAAAGCCCGGCAAGUUUAACAAGUUACUUUCACGUGUUGAGUCACUAAACAUUACUACUAAUGAUCAUGAUGGUAAUGGUGAUGGUCAGGCAGUGCCAGCACUACCUGAUAGCCAAAUACUGGCCGAGUGUAGGCGACACCUGUCAGAGCCAUUAAGGCUCGACAGCCAAAUGAGGGCACAUAUGACCGACAAAACAAUGUCGAUAGUUAAGCAACAAUUAAUGGCGUAUAAUAGCGUAGACGCUGUGUGUAAACACGUGUGCGAACAGUUGGAGCUCGAGUACGGCACCGAUUGGCACUGUAUAAUUGACCCGCACGGUCAUAAUCGAGCUAGGUACAAUCACGAAGUGGGCUACUACAUGUGCGUGAAGUUUGGCCAGACUACAUUGACCAUAUUUCACACCAAUAGGCUGGAUUGGACAAUAUUAAAGGCCCGGAUCAAGCAUAAUAAAAUUGCACCUAAACUAAACAUAUUGUAUACGGAUAUGAAUGCGUCGAUGGUAUCGGCGGUGACGGCCAUUGUGUUUGAAGUUAUCCAUCGGUCGGACAGUAUUGGCGAUACAGUGGCCGCCAUUAAGGUUGAAAUGGACAGCCGAUACCCGCCUACAAAAUGGCAAUGUUUUGCCUACAGUAAGGAUUCGGGUAAUAGAGUUGUCAGCUAUAGGGUAGGCAAGUAUAUUGAGAGUUACGUGGGUCAGCUACAUGUUAUUAUAUUUCAGGCUCUACAGAAUUAA